CAUGGCAUCCUGUAUAGCAGAUGUGCAUCCCACAGUCAGUGCAGUACCCCGCCCAUCAUCAUCCGUACACAGACAAGUAGUGAUCAAUGUAAAUGGCCAACAGAAGACCUGCCUUGGUGGAAUACAUGUCCCAUCUGUCCUGGAAAUACUAACAAAUGCCUUAAUGAAUAUGCAAAACCAGUUUUUGGACCAGCUACCACAAAAUAUGCAAAGCAUUGACCCAGGGAGACUACAGGUAGCACUGCGAGAACUAAGGGUGUACUCAGAUCCAACGACACAAGACCUUGAGACACUGGAGACAUGUAUGUUGAUUGAUGAGUUCGAACAAGAUCUAAAAAGCAUGGACAACUACAAAACAACCCUAGAACGUGUACUUAAUAAAUACCCUGAACUUCAGCUGUACAGCAAGAAGUAUGUUCUGCCACUGCCUGCUGAUUGGCCAGGAUGGUACUAUCCCAAAAAGCUAAUAGCAAGUGGAUGGAAUCCCAGCAUUGGAAUAAUACCAGAGCAAGGGCCAUUUCAUGUGNGAUAA